UAUAAAUAAGGUUGUUAUUAUACAUCCAAAUAAUAAUUUGUAAAAAUGUUACGCGACGUUCUGUUGCAUCUACUAGUUAGUGCGGUUGGUAUAGUAAUAGGUAUAUUUGCAUUUUUUACCUUGUUCAUCAUUUAUGGCAAUCACGAUGUCGGAUUUUGGUCAGUAUUAACAGGUGCCUUAGCAGGAGUCUGUUUUCAUUUGCAUUGGGUAAAAGGCAAAGAAACUUUGGAAAAAUGGCACACUGGAGUUACAUUACGGAAUUUAAAUGUUGUGGGUUUUGUAAGUGCUGUAACUGGCAUUACUGCACUGAUUUGGUACCUGUUUCUUACGUUUUAUUAUCAAAUUCCCAUUCAGCCAAUUUCUGAAAGCACUGUCAUACCAGCAGUAUGGUCCAUGAUCUGUGGAAAAUGGGGUGUUACUUUAAUGUAUUACUCAAACAAAUAUGAAUUAUUGGUCCAAGAAGGAACAUCACCUAUUCUUACAGAUAACGCCUGA